AGGACUUGUUUCUUACAGUGGUAUCAGAAUCUAGUUGCAAGAUCGAGAUCAUCACAACUCUCAACCGGGGACUAGACCGAAGAAAUUCAAUGGCGUAAACUAAGUCAAGAACCGCAGUUGAAAAUGAGGUAAAGAAAGCUGCCUAGGAGAAGCCUGCAUAGGUUAUAGUCCCUGCAACGCGGGAUGUCGAGGUGGAAGACCUAACAAACCUAGACACGGUCAAGGAAGAUAUGAGGAAGUUGGCAAUAGAGAACUCAGAGAUGAAGCUCGAGAUGGCAAGGUUGUCAGACGGGUGGGCGAAUUUGAACGCGGCAGUUGAAGAGGUCCGGGCAACACAUAGAUGGAUGAUCGCUGCGCUAGGACUUCUAGAGGCACCGACUGAGGUGGAGCCAGUCGCCAAGGAGAAAAACGGUGUGGAGGGCGGUGGAGGCACGAGAGAAACCAUGGCUGCCACGACGGGGAAGAGCACAGGCUAGCGUUCUGGAGGGCUCAAAACAUCCUUAGGCUUGUUUCCAGCUACAACAACUAAGAAAGUAGCGCCAAUCCG